CAAAGCUUCAGCUUCAGCUUCAUUUGGACACGUCCACAUAUUUCCCUGCAUCUGUGCUCCAAGAAGCCGCAAUACUAUUUAGCCAUGAUGGACUAACCGGGGAAUAAUCAUAUCUGGGGUUUGGCGCUUUCUCGACUUCUACCAUCAUUCUAACCACUCGUUACUCGUCUUAUUUUUAAUUCAGGGUCCACUUCGCCACGUUCCAACGCGAUCCUAAAAAGGCCACGGUUUCUAUUUUAUUUUUAUUGUUGACUUAUUCGACAAGAUCAAAGACUUUCCACAAAUCAUAUACGAGAACCAUAUAAUUAACAUACUUGUACAAGUCCAACGACGCUUCUUCUACUACCAGCCAUUUAUCGUUCUACUGUAUCACUAGAGAUUUGACAAGAAUACAACCGCUAGCUUUAAGCAACCGAACACUCCCACUGCCCCGCGCUAAAGUACGAAUGGGUGUCGAAACUCGACGGUCGAAAUCUCAGAAACGAGAUAAGCUUUCGGUCUCGACGAGCGGUCGCAUAAAUGGUCACUCGAACGGCGACAUGAGCAAUAUAGAGCUGCGGCGGAAAACCGCCCCGCCGCAAGAGUCAGGUCAGGUCGCGGCAAACCUCAUAGGCCGUGAAUCAUUCUCCCUCGACGAUAAUAUUCCGAAAACGCCCUCAGUGAACAAUCAUGGAUUCUGGGAGCUUCCCGUGCAAGAUCAGAGGAAUUUUAUGUUACUUGUGCUGCUAUAUUUCUUACAAGGUGUCCCUAUGGGUCUUGCGAGUGGAUCGGUACCAUUCCUUCUCAAAGAGCAUCUCUCGUUUGGAGAAAUCGGUGUCUUCAGCUUGGCAUCAUAUCCGUACUCGUUAAAAUUGUUCUGGAGCCCGAUAGUAGAUGCAGUAUGGAGUCCCAAAGUCGGAAGGAGAAAAAGCUGGAUUCUUCCAAUUCAGUUGAUAUCUGGAUUCAGCAUGUUAUACCUUGGGUCCAUGAUUGAGGGUUUGAUGGCCACGACAGGUAAGCCAGGCGGCCCGAGCAUCUGGAAUUUUACGGGUUGGUGGUUCUUUCUGGUUUUUAUGUGCGCGACUCAGGACAUCGCCGUUGAUGGGUGGGCCCUCACUCUGCUGACGCCGGGAAACGUUUCUUACGCUUCGACGGCGCAGACGGUCGGUCUAACAGCCGGCCAGUUCCUAUCUUACACCGUCUUCCUGGCCUUUAAUUCUAGCGAUUUUGCCAACCGCUAUUUCCGCUCCGUGCCGUCAGAGGAGGGCCUCUUAAGCCUAGGGGGCUACUUGACCUUCUGGGGCUGGGCUUACAUUGCAAUCACCAUUGGACUUGCGCUUCUCAAGAAGGAAGAAAAGACAAGGAAUGAGGAUGGUAUCUGGGAUGUUUACAAGAUCAUGUGGGAUGUCUUGAAGCUACGGAAUAUCCAGACCAUAAUUAUCGUCCAUCUCAUUUCGAAGAUCGGAUUUCAAGCCAACGAUGCCGUGACGAACCUUAAGUUGCUAGAAAAGGGAUUUGGCAAAGAAAAUCUGGCGCUGACGGUCCUCAUUGACUUUCCUUUCGAGAUAGGCCUGGGUUAUUAUGCCGGCAAGUGGUCUCAGGAGUAUACACCCAUGCGCCUCUGGUGCUGGGGCUUCGUGGGUCGACUGAUCGCUGCUAUCUUUGCUCAGGUCACCGUCAGUGUUUUCCCAGCUGGUGGCGUCCAGCCUUGGUAUCUUCUUCUCGUCAUUGGCGAGCACGUCUUCUCGACGUUUACUUCAACCAUCAUGUUCGUUGCUGUUUCUGCAUUCCACGCUCGGGUUGCCGAUCCUGUAAUCGGCGGAACUUAUAUGACCUUGCUUGCUACGGUUUCCAAUCUUGGUGGUACAUUCCCUAGAUAUUUCGUCUUAGGUCUAGUGGAUACCUUUACACAGGCCACAUGCCGUCCCUCGACACAGAAGCUUGAUAGCUCGGCGCUCAGGGGGCCGCUUGUAACGCAAGAGUUCUCCUGCGCCGUUCAAGCCGAGAGAGAGCGAUGCGAGCACGGCGGUGGUACGUGCGAGACCCUACAUGACGGAUUUUAUAUUGUGAACGUCCUCUGCGUCAUCGUAGGAGUGUUGACUUUCACUCUGUAUAUCAGAAAGAGGGUUCUGGUACUGCAAACUCUACCAUUAAGGGCGUGGAGGUUGGCUGGAUCUCGGUAACGGGAUAUUAGUGAGCAUGUAGUCUAUAUGUACAAUAUGGAUAGGAAAUAGAAAUAUUGUCAAACAUCGUUAGUGGUCGCAAUCUUAGCUUGUUUUUUGGGCGUAGGCGUAUUUGCAACCAAGGUGAACAUCAGG